AACGAACAUGAAGCUGAUUUUUAUUUUUACCUUUGGACUUUGUGUUGGAGGAGGUUCGAAUGGGAUGAAAAGUGACUCCAGGGAGAAUCAUUUCCAUUGUCAGUGUGAGAAAUGCAAAAAAAAAUAUGAGGCUGUUGCCACAUGCGGAGGGAUUAACUGCUCGUUUGAUAUGAGAGGAACUAAGAAAUGUGUAUGUGAAAAUACAAAGUCUAUGGGCUCUGGUAUACAAGUAUGCUGCAAAGGAAACACUUAUAUCUGCUUUAACAACAAGAACGUGAAAAAUGCAGUUACGCAGCCAGAAAUAACUGUCCCUUCACCAUUCCCAUCCUACGAAAGUGAGAAUGAAGAGAUGGAUAGCAGCAAAGAAUGUAAAGAUGACAACGAAAAAUGUAAAGAUGGCAGCGAAGAAGAUAAUAAAGAAAAUAAAGAUGUUAGCAAUGGGGACAAUGAAAACGAGUCAGACAAAGGAGUAGAUAAUAAAACAACCAAUGGACGAUCUUCUAAUCAAAAUGAAAGUUGGCUGAUCGUUACUCUUGUGAUUCUCCUCCUCUGUGUGGCAUUUGCUGUUUUAAUUAUCGUUAUGCGUAAACGCAUUUUCAAGCUUCAAGAAAGUCAACCAGAUGAGCCUGUUGGAGGAGGAUUACCUGUAAAGGAUCAGCAAGGGAAAACAAUUGUUACCAUUUAUGCUAAAGCGAAUCACCCAGAAGUUAUCGGAGAGAAGAUCACAUUGGGCCAUCACUAUGAAGAAAUUGCAACCACAUCUCUGGUAAAGGCAAAGCAAAAACUUGGCGAAGACGCGGGUUAUUCUACAGUUGGUCCCGCAUUCACCAGCCAACAGGUCUCAGCUUGAGGAGCAGAGCCGGCAGGCAGAACAUAGCCGGGGCCGGGGCAAGCUGUCUGAUGGAAGAGAAUCCUUUCAAUAUUAGACACAAUGCUGGGAAUGUUAUGGGGCUACUACAGACAGUAUCCUGGACAUCUAAUGAGCUGGUUCUGGAUUGAUGUUUAUU